GCGGGCGCCCGGGCCAGGCCGGCGCCGCGCUGGCUAAAGGCGCUGACGGAGCCGCUGAGCGCGGCGCAGCUGCGGCGGCUGGAGGAGCACCGCUACAGCGCGGCGGGCGUCUCGCUGCUCGAGCCGCCGCUGCAGCUCUACUGGACCUGGCUGCUCCAGUGGAUCCCGCUGUGGAUGGCCCCCAACUCCAUCACCCUCUUGGGCCUGGCCAUCAACCUGCUAACCACGCUCGUGCUUAUCUCCUACUGCCCCACGGCCACCGAGGAGGCACCGUACUGGACAUACCUUUUAUGUGCACUGGGACUCUUUAUCUACCAGUCACUGGAUGCUAUUGAUGGGAAACAAGCCAGAAGAACAAAUUCCUGCUCUCCUUUAGGGGAACUUUUUGACCACGGUUGUGACUCUCUUUCCACAGUAUUUAUGGCAGUUGGAGCUUCGGUUGCUGUGCGCUUAGGAACCCAUCCUGACUGGUUGUUUUUCUGCUCUUUUAUUGGGAUGUUCAUGUUUUAUUGUGCUCACUGGCAGACUUAUGUUUCAGGCGUGUUGAGGUUUGGAAAAGUGGAUGUAACUGAAAUUCAGGUAGCUUUAGUGAUGGUCUUUGUAUUGUCUACACUUGGAGGAGCAACAAUGUGGGACUAUACGAUACCCAUUCUAGAAAUAAAAUUGAAGAUCUUUCCAGUUCUUGGAGUAGUAGGUGGAGCAAUAUUUUCCUGUUCAAAUUAUUUCCAUGUUAUCCUCCAUGGUGGUGUUGGCAAGAAUGGAUCCACUAUAGCAGGCACUAGUGUCUUGUCACCUGGACUCCACAUAGGAAUAAUUAUUAUAUUGGCAAUAAUGAUCUAUAAAAAGUCAGCAACAAAUGUGUUUGAAAAGCAUCCUUGUCUUUAUACCCUUAUGUUUGGAUGUGUCUUUGCUAAAGUCUCACAAAAAUUGGUGAUAGCUCACAUGACCAAAAGUGAACUGUAUCUUCAAGACACUGUCUUUUUUGGCCCAGGUCUUUUAUUUUUAGACCAAUACUUUAAUAAUUUUAUAGACGAAUAUGUUGUUCUUUGGAUAGCAAUGGUCAUUUCUUCAUUUGAUAUGAUGAUGUACUUUAGUGCUUUGUGCCUGCAAAUUUCAAGACACCUUCAUCUAAAUAUCUUCAAGACUUCAUGUCAUGAAGCACCUGAACAGGUUCUCAAGCAUAUUGACUAAUAGCCCAAGGAAAAGAGGAGAAGCAGUUAGGGGAACCUAUGAGUGAAGGAAAUUCCCCUUUGCAGGAGGUUCAAGUUCUUCCUUCAAAGAGUCAUCAGAAUAACAUGGAUUGAAGAGACUUUCGAACGCUUGCCAUCUCUUGCUGCUGCUGUUAACGUGAAAGGAAAUAUUAAACAUUUGUUUAAUUUUUAGAUAAGUGUUAUACAUAUUUCAGCAAAUAAAAUACUUCAAUGCUUGCAUUAA